CAAAAAAAGAAUAAGUACUCAGCUCCCGAGAAACUCUGGCGAAGGGCGGCUAAUAAUAGACGGGAUGCCCAACUGCUGCGGCGGCGGGUGCCGCGAGUUGCGCGCCAGCGCCGGCUGCGAGGCUUACCAGCCGCUCCAGCAGCACCGGCCGUCUUUGUUGCAGCAGCAACUGCCGGGACUCGGGGGCUACGGGGGCAGCAGCCUCUGGCUGUUGAGGCAGGAGGCCAGGCCUCGCACGCCCAAGGAUCACGUGCGCAAGCUCAGCGUGCGAUACGACGCUGUGAGGCCUGCCGGGGCUAAGGAAAGCGAGCAGUUGACGCCACAUCGCCAUCUGCCAGGAAGUCUGCGCAGCUCGUUGCAGUUGACGCACAGCGGCGGCGGUAGUACAGGCCAGCAUCGUCACCACCAGUUGCAGCAGCAAGCCGGCGAGCAUCCCCACAGACAUGAGCCAACGGCCUUGUGCUGCCAGGCGCCACCCCCGACGACCAACAACUGCAACACUGUGCCGCGCGGCUGUGCCCUACAUCCGCGGCUUGACCAGCCGGUGACCAAUUCAACCUCCGGUAUGGACAGCAAAAAGGUUGUCCAGGCGACGGGGUUGGUAACGAGCCCUCCCGCGCCACCUCAGCAGGGGCAACAGUUGCAGCAGCUGCCGCUCCAACUGCAACAGCAACAACCGGUCCAGCAGCCGGUACGCGGCAAAAGCGAUGGGCCGUCGAUGUCAGGGGUCCGCCGGCGGAGCGGACCCCACCAAGGCUUGCGCUCGCCCGCGGCUAAACGGCCCGUCUCGGCACCCGUCGCCCUCCAAGGCUGGCUGCACAAGCAGGGCUCGGAGGGCCUCAUGCUCUGGAAGAAGCGCUGGUUCGUCCUCUCCGAGUACUGCCUCUUUUACUACAAAGGUCCCGAGGAGGAAAAGCUCCUGGGCUCGAUCCUGCUCCCAUCCUAUCGGAUCACGGUCUGCAGGCCCGAGGACAAAGUCAACAAGAAGUUUGCAUUCAAGGCCGAGCACGCCAACAUGAGGACGUACCACUUCGCGGCCGAAACGCGCGAGAGCAUGAACCAAUGGGUCAACGCGCUCACCCUCGCCUCGCUCCUCCAGGACCCGAACCCCGGGGGAGGAGAUAAAAACAACGGGUCCGAGGGGGCGAAGCAAGCAACGGGUGACGGGGACCGUAGCGCCCGACCGAGCGUAUCCUCGAUCUCGUCCAUGAUGAACCAGAGCGCGGACGACAGCGACUCCGGCUUCCACGGGUUUCAGUCCCGCGACGAGCCCAGCCACGCGUCCAACAACAACUCCAGCCCCAACAGCGUCAACACGGGCUCCUUUCCCGGCAGCAGCGGCAACAACAGCACCACCACCACAAACAACAACAACAACAACAACAACAACACCAACAGCAGCGUCACUGCCAACAACAACCACAACAACAAUAACAAUAACAACAGUAACACGGUAACGCCGCAGCCAAUGAUGAAUGGCUGGAUGCAGCAGCAGUCGCCGCAGUACAGGCAACAUCAUCCGGACGCCCUUGGGAACAGUCCCUAUAGCCACCCGAUGAUGCAGGGGGUGAUACAACAGCAGCCCGUGCCCCACUCGCACCAGCACCAGGCGAUGCUCUACCAACACCAGCAACAACAGCUCAUCCAAUCGCACAAGCAGCAGGUGCAGAGUGUCCAGCCGAUGCCCCGCAACUACGGCCAGCCACUGUAUGCCAACGCACCCCCGAAGCCCCGCAGGCUGACCGAGAACUCGAACGACUACUCGACCCCCUCGCCCGACCCCGACUACCGUAAGUCCCCGGUCUCGCCCGACGUCAGGCUCGCCAGCAAGAGUCCCAUUUCCAUCGUCGAGUACGUCGACGCGCGCAACCCCACUCCCAUCUACGGCCAGAGGAUACCCCUGCAACCACCGGCCCCGAGGACGGACAAGUCGGGCCUGAACUACGGCUUCAACCAAGCCUCGGUCGGACAAGCCGCCGAGAGGCGCACGCCCGACACUUACGGCAGAAGCAGCGUGAAAUCGACGAGUCGACAGCAACAGAGAACCAUCAACGGGGACUACGAGGACGUGUACGGCGUUGCCCCGCCCCAGUUGUACCAGAGGCCCGCUGGACCGGUGGGCUACACUAAGGGACCCGCCCCUGCCCCCAUACCCAUACCGGUUUACGCGCCCCAACAGCAGCCGAUACAUCACACCCAGUAUUACCAAGUGCGGUAACCCUGUGUGUUUGUGGUUUUUGAUUGGACAGUGCCGGUUAUGAGGCAGCAGCAGCAGCCAAAGUCACAGCAGCCACCGAGGCCGCAUAGUGCCGAUUUUCUCGAGUACGAGUCGAACCGGAGGCCGGUCCAGACGCCCACGCAGUCGGGUAACGUCGUUGGACAGCCGAGGUGCCCCCAGAGGCCGAAAUCGAGCCUCGACAUCGUCGCCCCGUCCGAGAUCGGAGCCACUAACGACAAUUACUUCUACUCGGAGGAAAGGUACGCGGCCCAGAUGCGUCAGAGCGCCGUUUACCUGCACCAGACGCCCCAGCACCUUCAGCAGCCGCAACAACAACAACAGCCGCAGCAGCAAAAGAACCCGUCGCUGUCGAGGGCGACGACGCCGUCCAAGUCGAGCGCGAUCUCGAGGGACACCGAGUCCGGCAUCGGCACGCUAUCGGAAAUGUCGUGCGCGUCGAUUGGACGGCCCCAGAGGGACCAUACCCACCAACCCCAUCCCCUUCAGAGGCACACGGAGCUAAGCACGAGCGAGGCGGCACAUCUGAGACGAUCGCUGCGCGAGACCCGAGGCCCGGCUCUGAUUCACACCGAUCACUCGCCCGGCCGUUCGUUGCCUCGCGACUACGAGUCGACGGGCGCUCGAGCGGCUCACGUGGCGGCGAGCGGAGCUGGCAGCAGACGCUGGUCCGAGUCGCAGCAGCAGCAGUUCGCUAGAUCGGCAAGCGCGAGGCUGCCGCGCAACAGGCAUCCCGCGGCCAUCAUCGACUACGACGACGACGACGAGGACGAUUACGCGGAAAAGUCAUCCGGGCAGGACUCGAGGGAUGGUGAGCGCAAGAUUCAACAGCGCGAAGAGUCAAUGAAGCGCUUACUGGAGUGGAAGCAGCGCAUGCUGCAGUCGCCGCUGACGCGAAAGCCAAACGUCGCCCCGGCCCAGCGUCAGCAACAGCACACCAACGAUCUGGCCAAUUGUUACAAGCAGCAAACCCUCCUGGAGUUGGCUGCCCACGAGGCCGCCCUGGCAGAGCAGCAAGCGGCCGUCAACAGGCAUGCCUCCCGUAGACGCGACGACGCCCACCACAGACCCCACCAUCCCCGGAGCAAGAGCACGGACGCGAGGAAAAGUGGGGCUGCGCCCCAUCACAGCGCCCUGCCACGGUACAGCAGCUACAGCAGCGACGACGAAGAGUUAAGCGACGUCCGCCGGAAACGCACACGCAGGCCUCCACAUACAGGCAGAAGCCCCCGAGGUUUCGAGAAGGAGCCGGCCCAUUCAUCGUCACCCGCGAACUGCCAGCCGUUCCAACAACGACAAUCACCUUCGCCGAUCAUCAGCGUAAAGCCACAACCGUCGUUGCACCGGCCGUCUCCUCGGCCCGAAUUCGGCAGCUCUGCCCCCCUAGACACGGGUUACGAAGAAAUGUCGUUCCCACCAACGAACCCUCCAACUCCCUACGUCAAUCCUCAAAGACCAACCUCCAAGCUCGACACCUACCCCAUACGGGAAGCAAAUAAGCCGGCACGUCCACAGCAGGUAACUCCCAAAAAGCCACUCGGUAUCCUCAAAACCUCUGGAUCGUACUCGAGUAAUCAUCCGAGCACUCGUCAUGAGACCGGUAGACACAGUUCAUUGGCUAGUUACGUGCCCAGUGAGACUUGGCCACACGUGCAAAAAAACGUGCAGUGGAAUUCAAGCAACGACGAAGACAACAAGGCGGACUUUGAUUCCAACAUCGACGAGAGCCAAGUGGUCAAAGAAUUUUCGUACCAGUACAUUAGGCAGGAUGACGCGAAAGAAAGCGGGACCGAGCCGAUGAAAAGUGAUUCGGUUAAUCUCGUGCAAAGUCGAAUACGAUCGUUCGAGGGCAACAAGGAGCAGCAUUCGAGUCCCGAGAAAAGUAACAAUGGAAUGCAGGAACCAUUGAAAAUGUCACCACCUCAAACGGCAACCGAAGCUCAAGUGUCUCGUUUGGUUGAUUCGCCUCGCAAAUCGAGCGCAGGUGUGAUCCGCGACUUUGCUUUGGGUGACCCAAGAGCUCAAAAAGCCGAGUCCGUUGCGAAGGAAUCGGACGAUGACGACGCGAAACUGACGGAUCGUAAUAAAUCGGUUAAGGAUUUGCUUGCCGAUUUCGAAAGAAAGUCUCAGCAGCAGCAGGACCAUGAGCAACACAAGCAACAAAAGGAGUCGAAAUGUCGUGGCGAUGGGGAAACUCAUAUGUAUGAGAUGGGAAGUGAUUUCGAACAGUUGGAAAAGAGUUGCGAUGAGAAGGAGCCUGACCAAAUCGUGCCCAAUUACAAAGAGUCUGCCAGUAUGGAGAAACCCCUUGAGGUUCGACGUGGAUCUGUCAAGUCGUCGAUUGAUUUGUCCUCGUCAAAUAUUCAUUCGCACGAAAUAAACGUCGACGAAACUAUUAAUCCAGCUUUUACACGAUUGAGCGUGACGGAAUCUUUGGUGACUCAUGGAGAUCGGCUGUCGGGAGAAAGUGACAACGCUAGUCCGAUCCCCAAGCAAAUCGAAGAUCCAAAUUUGGAGGAGCACUACCUCCCGAUGACACCGAGGAAAGCCAUAUUAGAUCCUAAUAACGAGGACAGACCGAUGCCAAAAAUGAUGGAAAGCCUAUUUGCGAAUCUGGGAGAGGAAAGCUCGUACGUAGAAAUGACGCAGAACGGAAGUUCGCGUUCGCUUUUUGCACCGGACAGUGGUGCUAGUAGUGGGGGAAAACAAGAUUACAGUGAUUAUUCAACUUUGUAUAAUACACAUUACGAGUUUGUUUGCGUGGCUGAUAACAAAAUGGAACCGGUUUACAUGGAAGUUAGUCAACUCCAAGCCGAGGAGACCAAAAAGAACCCAUCGAUACUAAAAAGUUCGAUGAAAAGAAAAGAAUCAGCGAGCGAAGUUUCACAGAACGCCAGAGCUGGUCUUCCCGAUAUCCUCACAGCUUUAAAGUCAGACAGUUCAGACGCCGAUGACGAAUCUUCGAAAGAUUUAGAUUCAAUCGAUGCUCCACGCCAUCCACGUUUCAGCUUGUCCGACACCUUCAGGCCGGCUUCUUACUACCUGGGGGCUAGUCAGACACUCAUUGCUGAACUCCACGACUCGUCGGACAGUGAAUUGGUAUCGCCUCCACCGAUACCAACGUCACCACCACCGUUGGAUGAUCUUGAUUCGUUAGAAAUGCAAGAUUCUCUAGAGAUGAAGAAAAUGUGCUCCCAAGUCUCGCACCACGACUACAACAGCCAGGAGGAUUCGCCUAAAUCCUGGAAUAAACCUGCCGCUCAGGUAGAAGUACGAAGAUCGCCGUCCCGGUACUCGGAUGCGACGAUAAACUCAACAUUCCACGACAGUCGGAUGUCUCUAGAAAGCGCUUCGGGUAGUGAUUCCGUGGAACUAAGGAACCCCGAGGAAGAGGCCAGACAUCGUCAGUUGAAGAGGCGCCCGGUCAGUGAUGACAUGUGCGAGGUUCUCGAUAGUUUGGAUGAGCUAGAAUCUUUGGGAAGCCGCUUCGAUGGUACCAGUAUCGAUCUAGAUCAGUACCUCGAAGAAUUACAAGCUAGAGAUGCUUUCAACGUUGAUCUUUAUACCAAAGAUCUAAGUUAUAACAGCAUUUACGGUCUGAAUGAAAACAUGCUUGUCGCUGAUAAGUUGCAAAAGUCUACCUAUCCAGACGCGAGUAAAACGGCGAUAGCAGCUACCACAGAGUCCAACAAUAGCUUGGAUCGGCCCUUUAGUUACGGCACAAGGAGUAAAACGAGUUCGGCGAGUAGUUUGCCUUCGAUGCGAGUGAGCGAAAUGCCACCUACAGGUCACCAGCAUUCACAAUCGUUUACCGGUGAUGCUCAUUACGAAAACGUUUCGAGAUUUUCACCGCUGCAUUCGUCACCCACAGCAGCUGUUGCUACGGUAUCCCCGAGGCACGACAGAGACAUGAUUUAUCAACAGCAAGAGCACAAUUAUCGAGCCAGUAAGAUCGUCCCAUCGCCUCUGGCAACAGUUGUGGCAACGCACAGCCGGGAUUCCAGUUACUCCUUCGUUUCCGGCACUGCAUCAGUGGCCAAUUAUUCAGCUCAAAGACCAGCAAGUGCUCAGUCCUCGCUGACGCAAUCUUCUCCAACGAUAGCUACCGUUCAGUCAACCAAUAGUUACAUCGAACAGCGAACAUCGCAGCAGCCACAGCCACAAUUCCACUCUCGAUCAGCGAGUCAAGAUUCAGCCCGUUAUUCCCUGUCACCAAAUCACCGUUCGUCCUCAAGCCAAGAUUCCAGCCAAUAUCCAGCUUCAACGUCCACAGUUGUUCGAGCAACGUCGAAUCCACCUCAGGGCGAUCAAGGAGGAGCACCGUACUACUACUCCGAUCUCCAAGCCACCAACGCCGAGUCUCAAAGGUCUGAGGUUCUUCAACACCCAAGGCCCUGUGCCAUAGCUCAAACUUCAAGAUUGCCACAGCUCAACAACCAGAGAGGAGAUUCUGGGCCCAACAAACGCAACGACAUCGGUAGGAUAAUCAACCCGAUCGUGCGUCAAAUGCCUCGGCAAAUACAAGUUGAUGGGAUCGAUGAAGCGAGACGCAUAGCUGCAGAGUUGAAGAGAACGACGUGUCAAUUGCUGGCAGAGGACAAGGCUACGCUAGUCGAUCAAAGAAACUUUUACGAGGCAGAUACAUUGAGAAGGGUCAAGUCAACGGACCCCGUUUCCGAAGGAUCUUCGAACGCCUUCAACGCGAGGAACCUCUUUCCUCAUGGCUUCAAGGACAAAUCCGGCAGCCAAACUCAACUGAGUGCGGACAACCCGGCCGGCAACGAAUUCCCAAGUACUUCGCAAGCAUCUCAUAGAAGAUCCAGAUCGUUGGAAGGUCUACUCGAUGAUGCCGGCCUGCAAGCUCUCGUCGAACAAAGAAACAUGGCAAGCAGACAACAACAACAACAACAACAACAACAACAGCGUGAGCAAGCUCAAGUUGUGACUCAACAAGCACAGCCGCAAUUGGAAACGCUUGGCACAAGCCUCGCGGCGGAAGCCGGUACCGGUUCGCCUGCCGACGGAAACCAAACCUUCCAAGUCGGGGAUCCUUGGGAACAGGACAGCCUAUGGCGGGAGAGUCUCCGUAGGGUCAGUCUACGUCACGCCCGAUCCCUCGACAAUCUGGACACACCGGCCUCGGCUAGAAACGCGACCUCUGCCGAAACGCAAAACAGAGGCCGGGCAAAGAUAACCAGAGGAGUCACCUACGUGAACGACAGCGUGGUCAACUCGGUCGAACGGCUUAGAGCGAAACGGCGAAGCGACGAGAGCAACAAUGGGGACAACGAAAACGGCAACAACACCCCGGAGGCGAGCACCUCGUUGCCGAACGCCGACGAGGAGGACGAUGCGUACGAGAGCCUAGCCAUGGACCGCAUCGGGGCUGGAGGAUACAUCUGGGAUCCGGAGAACGAGGCGUACCGCAAACCCGACACCAGCCCGCAAAACCAAAGUAGUCGGCAUUUUUUAGCGGAAGGCAACCCUGUCCCGGCAGCAGUUCGCAGCCAACACCGGUUGAAGCAUCAACAGCAGCCAUCGACAGCAGCAGACAACGGCAACAGCUUCGAGCUCGAUCGCGAGAAGCUGCGCCAAUGGGAUCUGCUGUCGAGCGCCUGCUCACUCCAGGAACAGCAGCAGCAGCGCACCUCGAUGGCGCUGGGGGAUGGAUGCAGCAGCACACCGGGACGAGGGUUGCCAGUCGCAACAGUUUCGUCAGCAGCAGCUACCGGCUGCGCGAGCGGCGCAGACGCUUCGUCGAGGCCGCAGCUGGAGUCAAAGACGACGAAGAUGACGAUGACCACGAAAAGCGAGGGGAUGAAGGAGUUGGUGGAAGCGGUGGGUCGUAGCAACGGAGCAGGUGAGUGGCUCUACCGGAGUGGUGCUGGGCUCGCGUACAAGAAGUGA